AUGAGGCUGGCUCGUGCACACGGGCUCACGCUCGACGAAGUUAAGCUCAAACCUUCCCCGGGACCGACAGACUGUUCAAGCCAUGCUGCUCCGUUGAAGAACGACGAAGCACUCGCCGCCAGAAUGAAGAUCGGGCUUGAGAUGGGCAGGCAAGAGGAGAAGAUGAAGGAAACUCUUCGCUUGAGGCAGACAUUACCUCUGAUGGCUGAAGGAACGCAGCGGGCGCUUCUGAAACUGAUCAACGACAAUGAUGUCCUAAUCGUCCUAGCCAAAACUGGCUCUGGAAAGACCACGCAAGUGCCUCAGAUUAUACUCGAUGACAAAAUCAUGUCUGAAGAAGGUCCAUGUACAAGCAUUGUUUGUACGCAGCCACGGCGGAUUGCAACGACCUCUGUGGCGCAAAGGGUGGCUCAAGAACGCCAUGAUACCAUGAGAAAAAGCGUUGGUUAUCAUAUUCGCAACGAGAACUGGUCACCCAUUCCGCACGGUAGCAUAACUUAUUGUACUACAGGGAUCCUCCUCAAUCGCCUGAUAGCCAAUCCACAAGCUACGUUGUCGUCCCAUUCGCACAUCAUUGUUGACGAGGUCCAUGAACGCGAUAUUCAAAUUGAUCUUGUCCUGUCGCUCCUCCGGAAGACUAUUCGAGCUAGGAAGGCGGCACACAAGAGCUUCCCCAAGAUUAUCCUCAUGAGUGCUACCAUUGAUCCGACCACGUUUCUCAACUAUUUCCAAGAGCCGGCAGACGAUGGUACUGUCCUCACAGCCAAAUGCCUCGAUGUAGAAGGAAGGCGUGCGCAUGUCGAAACCCACUAUCUGCCAGACAUUCUUUCGGAAUUGUCUCAAGGAACCGACAUACACCCCUCGAUGCGCCAGUUGAUUCAGGGAGGCCACCAUCAGUCCAGCGCACGCUACAUUGAACAUGAGAUGCAAUUUUCUGCCAAGCAGAAAAAGUUGGCAUGGUCACAUUCAAAUGAAAGGGGCGAGAACGAGAAUUCGCCGCUGUCGAGUGCUGUAGAUGAAGCCGACGUCGCUGAACUUACAGGGCCAGUGCGCGUCGGCCUCACCGUCUCAGUAAUAGCGCAUAUUGCACACACCAAGCCUGAUGGCGAUGUACUGGUCUUCCUUCCCGGGUCAACGGAUAUGGAAAAGGUUGAGCUGCUUUUGACCAGUGGCCGUUUCGACAGUUUAGGUCUUGAUUUCGGGGAUUCGAAUAGGUUUCGGCUGUUCAAGCUUCACUCUCUGCGCCGGGAAACGAACGACCAAGUCUUUGAACCUGUUCCCGAGGGUUGUCGGAGGAUCAUCCUGACAACGAACAUUGCUGAAACUUCAGUCACACUCCCAGAUGUCGUCUAUGUCGUCGACACCGGCAAGGAGCGAAACAGUCUUUUUGACCCUUCGACGCUUGCGAGGAGUCUGCCUUACGCUUGGAUCAGUAAGACCAGCUCAAUUCAAAGACGUGGACGUGCUGGGCGGGUCCGAAACGGUCAUUACUAUGCUCUUUUUUCAAAGGAACGGCAUGAAUCACUCCGACCAAUGCAACGUCCUAAGAUUGAGCAGUCCGACCUCGCGGAUCUGGCACUGCAAUUCAAGGCUUUCCCCCAUCACGUUGACGUCGAAGGUCUUCUUCUCGAAACAAUAGACCCACCCUCCUCUGAAUCUAUCGCAAGCGCGAUCAGACAGCUGCAGAGUCUAGGCGCAUUGACUGAAAGCGGAGAUAUCACAGGCCUAGGCCGAUUACUGUGGCGAUUGGGGGUCCAUCCAGCGCUGGGGAAGGGCAUUUUACUGGGUUCUUUGUUCGGAUGUCUUGAGCCCAUGCUGAUUAUUGCCUGUCACGAUCCUGCAGCUCCUCUGGUGUCGACUUUAGAACUGAGUAUCGACAAACUUAGAGCCGUGAAACAGCAGUAUCUCCCUGAGUCCGAAACGGACUUUGCUUGGAUCGUGGAGGCUUUUAGAGAAUACCACGCAGCCAAUUUGGCCUGUGAUGAAAAUUUGAUGCAGGAGCUACAAAUAACAAAGCAUAUUCGACACCGUGCUUACCUGGAUAUGAUGACAACAAGCAAAGAACUUUACGAUAUUUUGGUGGAAGUUGGAUUCCUUCCAGCUCUGCGGCCCGGGCAAACCAUUUUCGAAUCGCUGCCUGACUGUUUUAAUGCCAACAGUCACAAUAUGGUCCUAGUUAAAGCGCUGCUUAUCAACUCCGUCAGCGCCGAACUAGCUGCCUGGCGAGGAACGACAUCUUCCGGAGCACGUAAAUAUGGCUGGUCAACUAACAGCCGCGACCUCAGAGGCAUGAUCUCGAAGCAUGGGGUCAAUGAAGCGAACACUCGGGGAGAGCGACGUAAAAAGAAACGAUACCGCAGCCAUGGUCGGUUGAUGGCAUACACGUGGAAGCAAAGGGCGCUAGAUGGACCUGAUGAUAUCGUGUGGCUUGAACAGGCAUCCAUGGUGACGCCGCUUAUGGCCAUAUUAUUCUGUCGGAGUCUCAAGCUGCAGAGAGAUCAGGUCUUGGAGCUCAACGAUUGGCUCCGACUACGAGUCUCAGCGCCUGACGAUGUUCCAUUGGAAAUUUCUGAUCAGACGGCGGCCAUUCUGAUGGAACUGAGGAAAACAAUUGAUCGGUUCGUGAAUCUCGCAUGGUUAGAGCUUGAAAAAUUGAACAACAAUCCUCGAGCGCUCAGAUCGCCACAUCCUUCUGAAAACCAGGAACAAGGAACAACAAGACCAAGCAGCUUAGGUCUCGAAUUCAGAGACGUCAUGGUUGGAGCAGUCGUGAAAAUGCUAGAUGCUGAUGAGGCGUACUGGAAGGAAUGGCGAGAACGGCGCCGCGCUGAGAUUGCUUUGGAUGUCGAACGGGAAAGGAACGAGCAGGACGGGGAAGGGCCAGCAGAGGCCGUCGAGGGGGAUGAGCGACAAGAAGCAGAUGGACAGGAAGAUGUCGAAGCUGCUGAGCAGGACGAGAUUGACUCAGAUGCCGCUGAAGAAGAAGAUGCUGAUAUUGAGCCUGCUCUUGACGAGGGUGACCGGGAGAAUGGGGCCAGUGGUGAACCAAGAUACGAGAAGACAACAGCAUAA